AUGAAGGGAAUGGGAUCCACUGUUAAAUGGCCAAGCAAGCUCAAUCCCGAGGCAAGGAGAGACAAGACCAAAUGGUACGAGUUCCACGGCGAUCAUGGACACAACACCGCGGACUGCAUUGCCUUGCAGCUAGAGGCCACUGCACUCCUAAAGAGGGGACAUCUCCGGGAUCUGCUAACCGAUAAGGGGAAGAACACCAUUAGCCAUAAAAGUUCAAAAGAACCAUCACCACCUCUGCGAGAGCCUACACCAAAAGGAUUCUGUUCGCUCAUCUCUGGAGGAUCAGAGAUCAGUGGGGUAAGUUACUCAUCAGCCAAGCGAUAUGCUAGAGCCAACCUCCACCAUGAAGUCCAGUCCAUCCAUCUGGUCUCACGGUCACACACCCAUCAGGUAAUUCAAUUCGAAGAUGACGAACCGGUCACCUUGGCCGCUCCUUAUCAUGAUGCUCUAGUUGUCUCCCUGCAGAUCGCUAACAUCCUUGUGAAAAGAGUAUUCGUAGAUAGAGGCUCUUCAGCAAACAUCCUAUUCCUCGAAGCAGUGAAGGCUAUGGGAUUGGAAGAGGCAAACAUCAACAUGUGGCCGACGCUGCUUGUUGGUUUCAGCUCUGAGCAGAAGUAUACUAUCGGGGAGAUCAUCCUCCCUAUCUACGUUGACAGAGUGAACAAACAUACCAUUUUUCUGGUAAUCGACUGCCCCUCACCAUACAACGUCAUCUUGGGUCGACCUUGGAUUCACGACAUGCGAGAAGUCUCAUCUACCUUCCAUCAGACGAUCAGAUUUCCAACCAAGUAG